AUGGUUAACUCCUGUUGUGGCUCUGUCUGCUCUGAGCAGGGCUGUGAUCAAAGUCCCUGCCAGGAGAGCUGCUGCCAGCCCAGCUGCUGCCAGACCACCUGCUGUCGCCCAACCACCUGCCGCCCCAGCUGUGGAGUGUCCAGCUGCUGCCGCCCCAGCUGUGGAGUGUCCAGCUGCUGCCGCCCAACCACCUGCCGCCCCAGCUGUGGAGUGUCCAGCUGCUGCCGCCCAAUCUGCUGCCAGACCACCUGCCGCCCCAGCUGCGGAGUGUCCAGCUGCUGCCGCCCAAUCUGCUGCCAGACCACCUGCCGCCCCAGCUGCGGAGUGUCCAGCUGCUGCCGCCCAGUCUGUCAGACCACCUGCUGUGGUACAACUUGCUGCCGCCCCUCUUGUUGA